AAGCUGUGUCACUCUGCGGUGUAGAAGUGGUGCAGGUGGGGGAGAAAAGGGCUUUGUUUGCGCCCAUGUUUUCCCCGGCUUAUUGAAAAAUAGCUUUAGAUUUUUAAAUAAAUGUAGCAUUUUUCUCUUCUGGUUUGCUUUUGGAUGUAUUGCGCUUGAAACUACAUAUGCAGUUCCAGACCCUAAAGGCAUCCUUGAGACAGCUCAGUAUCUUGUAAGAUGUCUCUUCCUGUCUCGUCCCACACCUGUGCAUGGCUCUGAUGUGAGGAUGCGCUGCCUGGUGGCAAGAGUCAACCACAAAACGCUGAUAGUCCUCUGUGCAGUCUUUGCUCUCAUCACAGUUGUGCUGUGGAACAAGUGCUCCAGUGAUGUGGCUGUACAUCCACCAACCAGGCCCCAACCUGAGCCUGCACCCACUACGGAGGAAGAAGAGGACCACGGGCAGCUCCCUGAAGUGCCCCAGGUCGCCAGGGAAGUGCAGUAUGAGCAGAUUGACUGCCUCAUUAAUGAGGAUGUGACGAUCAAAGGGCGCCGUGAGGGCAAUGAGGUGUACCUUCCCUUCAGCUGGGUGGAGAAAUACUUCAAUGUGUACGGGCGCCUGGUACAGUAUGAUGGUACAGAGCGGUUUGAGUUCUCGCACAGCUACUCACGCGUGUAUGCCCAGAGAGAACCCUAUCAUCCUGAUGGGGUCUUCAUGUCAUUCGAAGUCUACAACGUGGAGGUGAGAGACCGCGUGAAGUGCAUCAGCGGAGUGGAAGGUGUGCCCAUUUCCACACAGUGGGGUCCACAGGGCUACUUUUACCCAAUUCAAAUAGCUCAGUAUGGACUAAGUCAUUACAGUAAGAAUCUUACAGAGAAGCCACCUAGCAUAAAGACUUAUGGGUUCAUGGAAGAGAGAGAGGGCAGUCCCAAUCCCUGGACAGUCCCCAAAGGUUGCUCGAUUGCCAAGGUCCAUGACCCAGGUCACACAGCCACUAUUUACCAGUUCACCACACCAGAUAAUUCAGAGGGUGUAUCUCUGCUUCUGGACAACUCGAAGGAUUUUGUCCUGUCCUUCGACGUGAAGUUCACAUCAAAUGGUAGCGUGUCAGUGGUGCUGGAGACAACAGAGAAGGGACCUCCAUAUACCAUUCACUAUAUCACCAGCUCCCUUCUCAUUUUCUUCAAGGACAGGGAGGUCACCUACGGCAUUGGUCCCCAGGCAGCCUGGAGUACCCUGAGCCGAGACUUGGUGACUGACCUGCGUAAGGGAGUGGGUUUGUCUAAUACCAAAGUGGUGAAGGCGACUCGGAUCAUUCCUCGACGCGUGGUCCAGCUGGUACUUCGUGGCUCAGGCUUCAUCAGCAACAUCACCAUCUCCUCCACAGCUCACAUGGCUGCCUUCUUUGCUGCUAGUGAUUGGCUCCUACGCAACCAGGACGAGCGAGGUGGGUGGCCCAUCAGAGUGGCCCGUAAGUUAGGGGAAGGUUUUAGGACACUGGAGUCUGGCUGGUACUCUGCCAUGGCCCAGGGACAGGCAAUGUCCACUCUGGUGAGGGCGUACCUCGUCACACAUGACCUAGUGUACCUCAGCGCGGCCAUGCGUGCCACUGCACCUUUCAAGCGCAUGUCAGAGCAGCAUGGCGUGAAAGCUCUAUUCAUGAACAAGUACGACUGGUAUGAAGAGUACCCCACAACACCCAGCUCCUUCGUGCUCAACGGCUUCAUUUACUCGCUUAUCGGACUGUACGAUGUGGCUGAAAUAGCAGGGGACAAACUCGGCCGAGAGGCGGGCAUACUGUUUAGCCGAGGAUUAGAGUCCCUGAAAGCCAUGCUGCCACUGUUUGACACAGGUUCUGGAACUGUCUAUGACCUGAGGCAUUUCACGUUAGGUGUGGCACCAAAUCUGGCACGCUGGGACUACCACACCACUCACAUAAACCAACUGCAGCUGCUCUCCUCUAUUGACAGCAGUCCCAUUUUUAGAGACUAUGCAAAACGCUGGAAAAGCUACCUGAAAGGGGGUCGGGCCAAGCACAACUAGAGACUUUUAGUGGAAAGAACCUGCUGAUGUGCUUUUAAAGACUGAAUCAGCAUGUACAUUCAGUCAGUAUAUACUGAUCAAAAUGAAAGACUUACACAUUUUAACUGAGAAAAGUUAUCUAGUAGUUAAGCUAUGUUCUUCUCAAACAUACAUUCACACAUUGUGAAGUUGGAAAACACGCUUUUAGCAGCAGUGUUACUUCAUACUUCCAAAAUAGUGGUAACAAUCCAGAUAUUUACAUGCACUUUAAGACAAGCACAUCCAAUGUUGCCUAUUGUGAUUUAUUAAAAUAUUGUUUGUGAGUGACAGAAGCAAAUAUUAUAAAUGGUAAUGUAAAAUAAAACUAGGAAACGAGGAACAGGACAUUAGGUAUGGGGCUUUUCCAAGGUCUUGUGCAAUAAUUUCAAAAUUAUUUGUUUAACUUAUAUUGUAUGUCUUAUUUAUAUUUUAUUGGUAAGUGGUGUAACUUACGAUGUAUAAUUUAUUUCUAUUUUAGUGGUAAAAUGACAGUCAAGGACAGAUCUAAAAUGACUUCUUUAUUUGUAUAAACAUAUAUAUUGAAGUUUGAAUAUUGUUCUACAGCUCAUGUAACACAUCUUUCUGAGUACAGAUCUGCUAGAGUUUAUGGUUUUAUAUUAUGAGCAGCUUUGAAGGUAAAAUAAAUGUAUUUCGACAUGAA